UCGGGCUAUAUGCAAGUAGCGAUAUCAAUUUCUUAUCUGCGGUGUAAUCUAUGACUAAUUUUUUGAAGCAACUACAAUUUUAGGCUUUAGUCAUUUUGAUUUUUUCAAUUAUGGACAACACAGAAAUUAACGUGAACUUUAAAGAUAUAAAAUUGUUAGAAUGGAUCGGGGGAGGUGGCUUUGGAGAGGUACACAAAGGAAUCUGGCGAAUUCAUGGUCAAAAAACAGAUAUUGCUGUGAAAAUUACAACUUAUGAUUACAGAAAUGAAAAGAACAAAGAUAAAAUCGCAGUCUUUCGAAAAAUCGAAAAUUUACAAAAAUGUAUACAUCCGAAUAUUAUAAGAUUGUACGGAGUCUCUAAAACAAGCGACAACAGAAUUUGCUUUAUUUUGGAGUAUGCAGAUUGUGGAUCACUCUACGAAUUCUUGCACCGCACGAAGAGGGAAGCUUCGUUCAGCGAGAGGAUUGAUUGGAUGCUACAAUGUGCCAAGGCUUUGAAGUACUUGCAUAGAAAAAAAAUAGUCCAUCGAUCUCUAAGUACGCGCAAUUUAUUACUAUUCGAUAAGUAUCGUGUAUUAAAAAUAAGUGAUAUUUAUCAAGUGAAGAAAUUUCGUAUUGUGCCAGAUCCUUAUUUGGCUCCAGAAUACUGGGACACUAAUGAAAUAUAUACAGAAAAGUGUAAUAUAUUUAGCUUUGGCAUUAUUUUUUUGGAAGUAAUGUUUAGGAAAUGGCUAAAUAAUGGUAAGACCUGAAAAUUAUGUCCAGAU